AUGCUUUUAAAAUAUAAAUUUUUUGUAUGUUUAGAUGUAGCAGAAUUGGGAAUCUCAAACGAUAAUGAAUAUUCAACGGAUAUCAAUCAUAAUUUUGUUGAUCUUGUUGUUUCAUCUGAUAAAACAGCCGAAUUCAUUCAUCGUACUCAACAAUAUCAACGUUGGUUUACUGAAAUUACUGAAAAACGAACAUCAGCUGCUAAACUUAUUGAACAAAGUAUUUCAAAGGAUAGAUUUGCAGUUUCGUCGUCAUUUUAUGAUGAUGGAUUUGAAUAA